GCAGCAGUUGGGGUCGAGCUGACUGCGCGCCGCCCGGAGCUCAUCUCCAAACCAGCGGAUCGCACCUCUCACCUCCCGUGGCCUGCGCUGUGACCCGUGGAGUGGACGGAUCGGUCCCGACCGGACACGUGUCGGAUUGUUGGAUUGUCUCCUUAAUUUUUUCGCUUUUUGGUGCGUAAAACUUGGCCAAGUAGGUCAGCGAGGGUCCGGAGCGCUGACAGCAUUGCCGUUAAAGCGUGUUGGGAAACUCGCUCUGACUGUGCUUGAAGGAGGAGGUGGAGGAAGCUGCUGGAGGCUGGCAGAUCCAAUGCGUCCGGAGCGGCCGUGUAAGCAGCAGAAACACCGGAGAAAGACCGACCGAGGGAGGGAGGGACGAGCGGAGCUCAGCGGGGUCUCACCGGCUGCUGGACCUUCAUGCCUCCGAGGUUUCUGCUUCCUGUGACACUAUCACACCAUGCCUGAGGGGUCACGGCGUGGCAGCCAGAGAUCGCCCAGUAACACAGCUGCCAAACGUCCCUCCUCAGUCUCAUCUCUGAGUGGGAUUGUGGGUAGGAUGAUGUCAUCCGGAGAGCGAGGAGCGUCGUCCUCCUGCACCUCCGUCAACACCGUCUGCUCGGACGGAGAGCGUCCCGCCUCCCUCUCCCUCUCCUCCUCUGCCUCGUCAGUCUCCCUGCAGGACUCCUCCCACUCCUCCUCCUCCUCUUCCUCCUCCUCACUUCCUUACGGCGCAGUGCCGACAUACAACGCCUCGUCGUCGUCUUCCACGCCUAAAAGAAACGGCUCAGACAUCAGUCUGGACCUCACUCCCCUCGCACCUCAUGGAGGAGGAGGAGGAGCAUCUGGAGGAGGAGGGGCGUGUGUCCCCAAGGUGACAGGAGGAGGCAGCCACCUCAGUAAUGUUGCUAGUCCGGUGGGCGUGGCAGUGGCGGCGGCGGUGGCCACGCCCAGACAGCUUUCACGGCUGGACCGAGUGGUCCUGGAGAUCGUGGAGACGGAGCAAGCCUACGUCAGAGAUCUGAAGAGCAUCGUGGAGGACUACCUGGGCUGCAUCAUCGACUGCGGCGCCCUGCCGCUGAAACCCGAGCAGGUCAGCACGCUGUUCUGCAACAUCGAGGACAUCUACGAGUUCAACAGUGAUCUGCUGGAGGAUUUAGAGAGAAGCCCUCACGCUGCAGCCAUCGCAGAGUGCUUCGUAGAAAGGAGUGAAGCCUUCGACAUCUACACACUCUACUGCAUGAACUACCCCAACUCGGUGGCCGUGCUGAGGGAGUGCAUGAACAACGAAAGUCUGGUUCGUUUCUUCCAGGAGAGGCAGGCGACCCUGAGCCACUCCUUGCCGCUGGAGACGUACCUGCUCAAACCAGUGCAGAGGAUCCUCAAAUACCACCUGCUGCUACAGGAACUUUCUAAGCACUUUGAUAAGAGCGAGCCCGGAUAUGAGGUUGUGGAGGACGCCAUCGUCACCAUGACAGCAGUCGCCUGGUACAUCAACGACAUGAAGAGGAAACAGGAGCACGCUGUGCGGCUGCAGGAAAUCGAGUCCCUCCUGGUGAACUGGACUGGGCCGGACCUCGGCGGGUUCGGCGAGCUGGUUCUUGAAGGUUCCUUUAAAGUCCACAGGGUGAAGAAGGAGAGAGCGUUCUUCCUGUUCGAUAAAAUGCUGCUGAUUGCCAAGAAGAGGAUGGAGCAGUUUGUCUACAGCACACAUAUUUUUUGCUGUAAUCUCCUGCUGGUGGAGAAUCUGAAGGACCCGCUGUGCUUCCGAGUGUCCGACCAGACCAUUCCCAAACAGCAGCACGUAGUCCAGACAAAGAAUCAGGAGGAGAAGCGACUGUGGGUGCACUACCUCAAGAGGCUGAUCGUCGAAAACCAUCCCGCAUCACUCCCACACAAGGCGAGGCAGGUCCUGGGAGACAACUUCUGUCAGUCUCCUCAGUUCGAGCAGGACCACCUGAAGAAGUCGUCUGCGUCUCCGCGGCUGGACGACAUCCACGCCUAUCACCGAGGCAGGCGUCAGUCAGGUCAGGAGCCUCCAGAGCUGCUCAUGUACACGCCGGAGAAGUCCAGGAAGAACCUGCCUCUGCUGCUGGAGGGAAACCUGCCGUACCGACGCACCAGGAGGCAGUCAGCUCCUGCCAAAGACAUCGAAGCAGUGUUUCAUCCCAAUGCUAUGAAGCAGGCAGGCAGUGAAGGCGAGCUGUGCCACGCAGACAGCCUGGGCUCAGCAGGCAGCAGCAGCACGUUGGCCUCCUCCGUCAUAGAGGUGGAGGCCGAGGGAAACGCCGCCAGCCUGAAGCCUCAGCUACGACCGAACAAGGAGGAGGAGGAGGAAGAGAAGGAGGAGGAAGAGGAGCUGACCCCCUUCAGUCCUCCUCCCACUCUGUCCAUCACAGAGGAGAUCCUGGAGUUCAUCAACCAGAGUAGAGCCAGAGAGGGGCUCGCUGCCAUCCACACUGACAUGACGAUCCAGGAUCAGCCCAAAGAGCCUCCAUCUAACCAGACCAACUUCACCUGCCCGCUGCCCCCAGUCACCUCCAGCCAAGAACAAACACCCACAAUGCAAAAGGAAGAGGAAAGAGCAGAGAUUGAGGAUGACAUCAUCCAAAGUCAGACAGGAGAAAAUGAGACGACAGAAAGUGAAGUCCAAGAAAUUCAAGUAGCAGAAAGUCAGGUGGAAAAAGGAGCGGAAGUGCUUGGAGAAGUACAAGGAAAUGAUAAAGAGAAGAAGAAAACAAGUGAAAACGAGGAUGGACAUAAAAUCGUUCCACCCCAAACACUAGAACUUCAUCCACUCAUCUUAGCAGAGGAAGAAAGCAAAAACAAAGUCAUACUGAUGGAAGAAGAAAAGCCAGAGUCCACGACUUCCUCCUCAAAUCUAGGAGCCCCUAAUCAGCCCAACAAGAGAUACCACCCACCUACAAGAGGUUCCCACCUCACCAAAAGAGAUAAGAAGAUAAUUGAAAAGAUAAGAAGUUACUAUGAGGCAGCAGCUGAGGCUGAAGAGGGCGAGGAAGAGGAUGAAGAGCUUGCAGAAGAAGUAGGGUCAAAAAGGAGAAACAGUUUCUCACAAAUUCCCUCUGGCUUGGUAAAGGAGACCAUGUCACGGUUUGAUGUCGGUGGUCACCAGGGGGAGUCAGAAAGUGGACCUUCCAAGUUGGAAGAACCAGAAAGAGAUACUGAUAGGGAGCACCUUUCUUACUCUGGUCCAGUUUCUUCCCCAUUUUCAGUACUAGCAGAUGCAAAGAGUGAUGGACAGGCUGAUAAACCAAUGAGCUCUUUGGAUUUUCAAGGAGAGGACCGAGUGAAGUCUUCAUCCUCUACUGCGAGUCAUGACGAGGAGACUUCAAAUCCGAUGAAUUUGCACUCAAACCAAAGCAGGCCUAUUGGAGAAGAGCCAAAGAUUCAAAAUGAGAAUGUCUGCAAAGGAUCUUUGGUGGAAAGACAGGAGGAGAAGAUGGAAGGAGAGUCCAGAGAUCAAACAACCAUACCUGGUGCUGGAAACCAAGCUAUUACAAAUGGGCAUGAAGCUAAGCCACCAGGCUCAACAGAAGCUAAUGAAAGGCAUGAAGAAACUUCUACACCUGUGAAUAAUUGCCAAAAACCUGAGACAAAAACCCAGAACCUCUGGACUAGAACCAGAAACGGAGACCAAGCAAAGGCCAUUGGGAACCUCGAGGACAUUCCCAGUCAGAUAAAAGUGGGUCGAUGGUCUCGCCACUCCAGGAUUGUCACUGCUAACCGAGCCCUGUUUGAGACCAUGGGAUCAGAUGUGGCUGGUAUCGGGUUAUUUGAGGCGAACCCUGUGGUAGACCCUGUGCUGAUAGAAAACUCAGAGCGUAUUCUAAGCAAGGUCCAAACACUGGCUCGAAUGUACAGUGCCAAAGCCAGCACCAUGAAGGUCCCCCUGCAUCAAAAACGCUCCAGUAGUGGACGGAACCAGUUGGUGGUUUCUGCCAGACUGUCUGGACCCUCAAGUCCGAGCCAAAGUAGAAGUCAAAUACAGGCUGAAGCUCAAACUACAGCUGAGUACCAAAAACAACAUGAAACAGAAACCGGUCAGUCAGAGUCGAAAUGUGGAGCCCAAACUUACUCCAUGGUCAAAGUUCAAACCCAAAACAUAACACAAAGUCAGCAAUGUCAGAUUCAAACUAAAGACCAGAACCAGAUUCAGACCAUGAGCUGGAAGACCAAAGAUACCCAGGAAGAGAGGGCAAUAAAGACAGCAGAGAGCCUCACACAAGAUUUCCAGGAGGCUGCGAUGGAGCCGGUUGAGCCUCAGUUGUUUGGUCAUGUGUUUGUCAAAGAACAGCUGACCACAACUUGUCACCAGCAGACGAAUGGAUUUAGCCUCUCCAGGCCGAGAGACUUCAUCUCUGCUUUGACCAGAGAAAGAGACUCUGGUGUAGGCCAUACUUUGAGUGAAACUUCCCAGACCUCCACCACACCUCAAGAAAAUCCAGCCACUUUGUUAAGCAACCAAUCAUCCAGUCUGACCCAGGUGAACAGUUAUGAGCACAGGUACACCUCACCUGGAGCAUCGUCAUCUUCUACAACAACCAUUCAGCAUCUCAGGACACAAGCUGAAGACUGGAGCUCCAGUUUGUGCUGCUCUGCCAGUAACAACAACUCCUCCAGAGAUGACCUCCUGAAUGAGAACAGGGAUGUGCAUCCAGAUGUGCCGGAGCAGCAGAGAGGUCGGCACCAUGCUUAUUCAGCCAGAGAGUCUGGAGAAAUCAUCACCCAACCCGCUUCCUCUGAGCCACGUCUGUGUGCUGAGCACUGCAGAAAAUUGACCAAAGAUGGAGAUAACCAAGACAAUGACAAGCAGAACGCAGCAGCUGAACAAUGUAUCAAAACUAGAGUAGAACACAGCUCCACAGAUAACAAGGAUACGCUGAGCAAAGACGUGAAUGUUUACACAGCGCCUGAAUUCAGUGUUUGCACAGGAAAUGCAAAUGCAGACACGUCUUCAGGAAAGUGCAACAGCUCUGCAAGACCUCACUCAGGGCCGAGCAGAGAGCAGAGAGAAACAGAGGAGGGCAGCACUGUGCUGCGAAACCAGCGUCCGCAGAACACAUCAGCAGAGGAACAGUCCAACGAUGAGGGUUCAGCAGGGCGCUUUGGUGAAUGUAGACUCUUAGGAGAGCUUCCCGUUCAGCCUUCCCAGAGUCUUCCCUUACUCAUAGCCUCUGGCCCUUCACAUGUAAGCUGUCACCCACUCACAGAAACCCCAGGGCAUCACAGUUUAAGAGAAAAUGAACCAAGUCCAUCGAAUCCCACCCAGCCACCGUGUGAAGAUCAUCUCCCAACAUUCACCAGCCAAAGGUCGCCUGAUCUGCUGACGACUCUGGGCAAACGGGCUUCAUCUGAUCCCUGGAAUGUCAAUAGCAUGCCUGAAGGUGACCACAGGGACCCAAAAGAGCCAGGAUCCCCGAUCAAACUUCCAAUCUUCAAGACUCAGGAGGAGAGAACUACCCAAGCUAUUACCACCCCUGACCAGGGCACCUCUGUCCCCUCAGCCUUCAAGCCCAGCCUGAGACACCGCUCUCCUUCUCCUCAUAGAGCUCCUCCUACCUCCUCAGUACCAGCACCGCCUUGCUCCUCACCAUUCAGGCUUAUUCCAGCGUCUUCUCCCACCCCUGUAUGCCCAAACAACGUCUCCAAGCCUCUUUCCAGUUUAUCUUCGACUUCCCCUUUAUCCAGGAGAGCCCCGUCUACCCCCUCUCCUGCAUCUUCCUCAUCAUCUGCAAGAGGCCCUCCUCCCUCCCCUACAUCAUCCUCUACCCUUCGCUCUCCCCCAUGCUCCUCCCCCAUCACUUCUUCCUCCACAUUUACCAAAUCCUUAGCUGCCUCCUGCAUCAGUCAGUCCAUCAGUCAGAGUAUGGCAAAAGACAACACUGCCCGCAACAGCGUGAAUCAAAGUCCCUCCUUACCUUCCUCUCACCUACGACAGCGUUCCCCUUCUCCCAAACCUCCUUCCAGCACACCUGCUUACGCUCAGUUAGGAUGUUCCAAGGAUGGGUACCAACAUCCAAGAUGCCCACCGUCCACUCUCCGGACCUCUUGCACUUCUCCGUCCCUCAUGCCAUCUUCUCCUCCCUCUCUUUCCCAACGCUCUCCAGGUCCAUCCCAUUAUCAGCCGGCCUACACUUCAUCCUCUUCACCACGUCCAUCAUUCCUUCACAGCAAAACUGGUUCUUCACAGAAUCCAAACAACAACAACAAUAACAGCACAGCAAUCAGUCAAGUGAGCUCCAGCUUUAACAGUGCUCUCAGUAAUGGAGGUUGGUCUCUAAGUCCACAGAAGGAGACAUUCUCUAAUGGGAGCAGUAAUGCCCCAGUAAAGCAACAAUCCCAAGAUUCUCUCUGGUCAGGAUCACACAACCGUGUAGCCCGGCCUUUCUCCGCAUCCGAACCCAACUCACGAGUUCAGUCUCCAUCUCCCUCCCUAGCUUCAUUCAUUCACCUCUGCUCUCCACCUCCACAGCACAAUUUCUCCUCCCCGAUGGCAAACAAACCGCCCCAUCCCCGGAGCUUGAGGGUAGGAAGUGCAAGUUCCCAUAACCCAUUAGGUCUAACUGUGGAGCUACCCAUCACCUCUUCCAUGAGUUCUUCUUCAUGUCCAAGUCCCCGGAUCCUCUCCCCGCCUCCUAUCGGUGUGUCAGUGAAUGUUUGGGCAAAUAAUGUUGCAACACCUCAGCCUAGAAACCCUAGAUAUGCUUCCUCCUCUGCCUCUCCUUCCCUUUCAUCAACAUUGUCCUCUUUCCCAACUUCUUCUUCGUCCUCCUUUGUCCCACAGAGUGGUUUCAAAGGAUCUUCCCCUUCUGGACCCUGCUCUACCACCUCCCAAAGCCUCCGCAGGUCUUUCUCCUCCAGCCUGGCUGACAGACCUUCCAGCCCAGCCCGGCUCAACGCUGCUGCCCAGCGACGUUCCUGGGCAGACAGCAGCCGAAGGUCCCUAGGUUUCAGUGGAAAUGCCCAUCCUUCUUUUGACCAGCACGAGUUCUGUCCGGUCAGUCCAAGGAGUGGAUGGUCUUCUUACAGCAGCUCACCCACAUGUGUCAGCCCUCAAAAUGGGCUUCAGUCCCCACCCUCAUCCAGCAAGUUUUCCCCAGGGAACAGCACCGGGGGUGGGCAGCAUUUUACCAGUGUUCCCUGGCCAGAUGUGCGCGAGCUUUCAAGCAAAUACAAUAGAACGGAUAUCCCUGAUACAGGCGAUACUUGCACCAUCAGUGCCUCGUCUCCUACCCCUGUGUCCUCCACUGCUUCAUCAGACAGGCAGAUAGACUGGGAGGAUCCAGAGCUAGAGGAGGGAAACUGUCGAAGCCAGCUGAUCUGCGCCUACGUUGGCCGACCCUCCGGUGAGCAAAACCUCACCUCCUCAAGUCUGACUCUCUCCACCUCAGGAAUGGCCUCUCCUCUACCUGCGCCCUACCAACACCACCAAUUCCACGUCAAGCCACCGCCUCAGGUUCAAAUCUGUGCCACAGCACCGCCUGUGUCCUCAGUCUCUUCUCCCCUGCCCUCAACAGCAUCACCACUACCCUUUCCAACUUCAUCUCCUACCAAACAGGGGAACCACAAGGCCAGUUAUGCCACCACAGUCAACCUACAAAUUGCUGGAAGUGGUCGAAUAACCUCCUUCAGCACCGCCCAAGUUAGCCUAACCCAAACCCUGCAGGGUGGAGCAGGAGGUGGAGUAGCAGCACAGGGGCAGAUGGUGAGGAGAGUAAGCAUCAACGGACUCUCACAGCUUCCUUCACCUCUUCCUCAGAACUGCAACAGGAUAUAAAGCAGUGAGACUGCUCUUUCAUUCAUGGAGCCAGAAGGGAAAAUGCGUGCAAAGAACACACCAGAUGUGGUUGUGUUUCUCACGAAUGGUCCCGACCUCAGAAUCGCCUCGCCAUGUAAGAUAGAUGUUUUAUAUGUGCAGUCUUCACAUGUCGCAACAAACAAAACAAGUUUUUCAUGGUCUGUUAUAAAAGAUGGACAUAGGUUGGUUAUGAAACAGGAAGUGGUGAGCGAGUGGUGGGCCUGAAACACCCCUCAGUCAAAAUGUUGUCCCACCACAAAGCAUUGUCACCAUUGUCCUCCUUUCCUGACUCUGAUGGGACCAAAAUUUCCACAACUAAUAACUUAAAGUUCAUCAGGAAAUUGAGUCCAUCUUUUAUUAGGGCCUCAUGUUUUUAUCUGACUUUGAAUGCAUGCUGAUGGAACUGCUUGCAAAAAGGUCAGAAUAUGGUGCAGAAUAAAGGACGUCGUAAGUAACGCUGUUCCUAGAUGAUAUCCCCCCCCCCGUCCACAGCUGGAUGUGAUGAAUUAUGACCAGCCAAGGUCAGUCCUGUGGCUGCAUUUGAGACUUUUUUGGGAAAGACUUUCAAACUUUUUGCAUUUAUUGAGCUGGACUAGAUCCCAACCCUGCAAACAGACGUUUUGAAGGUCCAACUAUGCUGUAUCCAUUCAUGUGUAUUAUUUUUAUGAUCUUUUCUCUUUUUUAUACAUAUAUAUUCUGUUGGACAAACAUCCAUAUGCGGCUGUCUGAGGCCAGUGUUAAAAGUUGGUGAUAACUGUGGUUAAUGAUCCAUCUCUCCUUUUUUUUAUCCUUUUUCCUUCUUUUUUAUUUUAUUGUUUAUUUAUGAAGUUAGUCUUAUUUUCUUUGGCACUUAAUAUCCUUAAAGUAAUUUUGGUAUUUUUGCACAGUGUCUUCAGCUCUUGGGUGCAUGCAUUGAGUGUGUGUAUGCGUGUGUACGUUUGACAUGACGUGUCUGGUAAAGUUUUACAUUUAACUUCA